AUAAACAUUUUUUCGUAUCUAAAUCCGUAUUUAUUGCAAGUGUCAAAUACGAAAAAUGGCAAAAGAAAGCUUAAUUCUCAUUUGCGCUUCUAUGAUUCUCACGCAACUUGUUAUUGUGAGUUGUGACGAAAAAGAUAUAGAUUGGGCUACUGUUCACGAUGAGUUGAGGAAAUUGGCUGGAGGCUUACGAAAAAAGUGUAUGGGUGAAACCGGCGCGACAAUCGAGCUUUUAGAUGGGGCAGAAUUAGGCGAAUUUCCACAAACAUUAGCGUGUUAUUUUAAAUGUGUAAUGGAAAAAGGGGGAGCGAUGAAGAAAGACGGCAAAAUAAACUAUAAGAUCUUGUCAAAAUUGAUUCCGCAGGCAUAUAAAAGUAUUGGAUUGGAAAUGAUUGAUCAGUGUCGUAAUAUAGAGGGUACUGACAAGUGCACUGUAGCCUUAAACUUUAACAAAUGCAUGUACACCGCAAAUCCUGUGGCGUUCUUCGUUAUUUAGAUAUAAGUAGAUGUGUAAAUUUGAGUUCGUAAUAUUUCACUAAAUAAAAUACUUUAAACAUUUAUCCUAUACUUCUCGUUUUUAUAUUAAUUUAUG